GGAUUUAUUCGGUAUUUCCAUCUCAAUUAAGUCAUACCGGGGAUAGACCAAGAAAGUUUUGCAACUUAUUUCCAGUGGGGUCCCUAUAGAAUUUGAAAGAACGUCCAGUUUUAAAGGGUGCCAUGGCAACAAUGGAAGAGACCAAGGAUAUCUGGAGAAAGGCGGAUGCCGUGUGCUUUGAUGUUGACAGUACAGUCAGUACUGAAGAAGCCAUUGAUGAACUUGCUGCGCACUGUGGUGUGGGACAAGAAGUGGCACAGUGGACCAAGAAAGCCAUGGAUGGCAGCAUAACCUACAAAGAAACCCUGGAGGCCAGGAUGACCAUCAUCCACCCCACCAUGGACCAAGUGAAGGCCUUCAUAGACGACCACCCGCCGGCCAAGUAUCUGACACCUGGGGUGACGGAGCUGAUUCAGCUGCUUCAUGCCCGAGGGACGGCCGUCUAUUUAGUGACCGGAGGCUUCUUCUGCACGGUGGUUGAACUGGCCAAAGCACUUCAGAUUCCCGAAGAAAACAUCUUUGCCAACAGAAUGAAGUUUUACUACAGUGGUGACUUUGCCGGAUUUUGCGAGGAGCAGCCGACCUGCGAAGCCGGCGGCAAACCCAAAGUGGUGGGCUCGCUGAAACAGAAGCACGGCUACCAAAACUUGGUGAUGAUUGGAGAUGGGGCCACUGAUCUGGAGGCUUGCCCACCAGCAGAUGCCUUCAUUGGCUUUGGCGGCAACAAAAUCCGGCCCAAGGUUCAGGAGUGCGCCCAGUGGUUCGUCUCCAGCUUCCAAGAACUCAUCAAUGCACUGAAUGAGUCUUCAUGAUGUCAUAGCCAAGGUUGCCGGUAGUAACAGCCAAAGCAUUAUGGGAAAGAUGCUCUGACAUGAAGCCUGAUCAAGCUUUGUCCUCAGGAGCCAACAUUUUUAACAACUAAUGUUUUCAAUAAGCAAAGUAUUCAACUUUUUCUUUCCGGUUACCAUUUGAAAACACACAGGGUGUUGUAAUUUUUUGAUGUGUCACACUAUGGUCACGCGAAGGUUACAUGUAUGCUGCUGUUAGGAAUGUGUGUGAAGUGGCCUUGUGGCGGUGAAAAAGUGUUUACGUUAAUAAAUUCUAUCUAAGAGUCAACAUCAACCAAAGAGGUGUAACAAUUCAGGGAUGUACUGAUAAACCAGCUUCUAGACUACCUAAAUUGCCAAUAUGGCUUAAUGAUGCAAAAAUUUGUAUUGCGACACUCGGCAGUAAAUGAGCAAAACACAGAACUGAACGCCUUUUCAUUCCAAAACUGGGACAGUCAACCAAACUCCUAUCCUGUCAUUGUGAACAGAAAAUCGAUCAUUUGGCUGUCUUCUGCUCACGUGAAAGUUGGAAACAAACAUGCUGUUUCAACCAUCAAUCCUGGAAGAAAAUCAGACUGUGGACAGCAUCUGUGAAAGCGUAUAUCAACCGACUGGGCUAUGCCGCUAAUUAAAUGCAAAUGUGCUUUGUUACAUCGCUAACUGUGGGCAGAUGGCACACAGUGCACGUUAAGACCUGGUGCACAUUUCGUCUGCAUGGAUGUUUUGAUCACUUGUUUUGUGAACAAGUCACGCACUGCACUCAUUUCUCCCAAGAUGCCAAUACCUAAUGAUAAGUAAUAGUGAAAUCAUGAGAUUAUGAAACAGUUGAAAUACUGACACAAUAUAUUUAAGAAAUUGAUCAACUUGUUUAUUACAAAUUUGUGCCAGUAUAGAAAAUAGUUUUGAAACUAACAUGGGUCCCUCUCUCUGGCUCUUUGUGCCACACUACAACAUUAUAGAAAUUGCAGAAACAAUAAAUAAAAAGUGUCCUGUGAAGAACAAUUAAACAAGAAAUAAAUAUUCUGGUAAAUACC